AAGCCGUGAGGAGAAGCCAUGUUUAUACCGUAGGUGUUUUAGUGCGGGUAUACGUGUUAUCCAUUAUUUUCAAAUAGUAACGUUUAAUUAUUUAUUUACACGAUACACGGUGGUGAAAAGUGUCCUAUGUGUGAAAUCUUCUUUCCGUUAAUAUUGUGGACAACUCGUUUUUGUCAGGGAGUACACGGGAUAAUCUGGUAGACUCGAACAAUUCUAUGACUUAUGGACCUUCGUUUUUCGGGAUCCUUUUGCUACCUCAUAAAUUGUUUACAAGUUGCUCGGGCUGCUUUGCGAACAAACAGUGCCCUCAGAACGUACUGCUCACGCUAGGAGUACAAUUUCCUUUUCAGGAAUCGUCCGCGUACAUUGGAUAGACGUGAUGCAUCUUUAGCACAAGCAUUUGCGCGUUUUAUAACCUGACAACACGUCCGAAGUUUCUCUAUCUCUAUCAUGUCAUUGCAUCUUUGACAAAGUAUUAAGCGAUCUGGAAUAAAGUGAAUGAAUUCCAAAAUGUGGUCAUCACAAGGAAACAAUUCCAACACAAAUGCUUCGAAAGAAGAAAAGAACCUUCGCACACUGGGUAUGACAUCUGCUAUCAGUGUAGCAGAACCAAAGCCCAGUGAUCUUACUAGGACUAACGAAUUAAAGGAAGCAUUAAAGCCAUACAAUGUAUUUGAAUCUGAAGAAGAAUUAAAUCAUAGAAUGGAAAUUUUAAGCAAAUUAAAUGCAUUGGUGAAGCAGUGGAUACGGGACACAAGUAUUGCCAGAAAUAUGCCACCUAAUGUUGCUGAACAAGUUGGCGGUAAAAUAUAUACUUUCGGUUCAUAUAGGUUAGGGGUACACCACAAAGGUGCUGAUAUAGAUGCCCUAUGUGUUGUACCCCGUCACAUCUAUAGGUCGGAUUACUUUUCAUCCUUCUUUGACUUACUGAAAAUGCAAGAAGAAGUGACUGACUUGAGGGCAGUGGAAGAAGCAUUUGUACCAGUAAUCAAAAUGAAUUUUGAUGGUAUUGAAAUUGACAUGUUGUUCGCAAAACUAGCUCUUAAAGAAAUUCCUGAUUCAAUGGAUUUAAGGGAUGAUAUGCUUCUCAAAAAUCUUGAUCAGAAAUGUGUGAGAAGCCUUAAUGGUUGCAGAGUGACUGAUGAGAUACUACGUUUAGUACCUAAUAUAGAAAAUUUUAGGCUGGCUUUAAGAGCUAUUAAAUUAUGGGCAAAAAGACAUGGUAUAUAUAGUAAUGUGUUAGGAUAUCUAGGAGGUGUGUCCUGGGCAAUGUUGGUUGCGAGAACAUGUCAACUUUAUCCUAAUGCCGUUGCUGCAACGUUAAUAGAAAAAUUUUUCCUUGUAUUUUCUCAGUGGAAAUGGCCACAACCAGUACUCUUAAAGCAGCCCGAUAAUGUUAAUUUAGGUUUUCCUGUUUGGGACCCGAGAGUUAAUAUAUCAGAUAGGUAUCAUCUGAUGCCAAUAAUUACACCAGCGUAUCCUCAGCAAAAUUCAACGUUUAACGUAUCAGUUUCGACGAGAACGAUCAUGCAAGAAGCAUUCGAAACUGGACUGUCGAUAACGGAAGAAAUCAUUAUGGGAAAAGCAACGUGGGACAAGUUAUUCGAACCACCGAAUUUCUUUGGCAAAUACAAACACUACAUUGUACUGUUGGCCAGAAGUUUAUCUGCAGAGGAUCAGCUGGAGUGGUGUGGACUUGUCGAAUCGAAAAUACGGCAUUUGAUAGGUACCCUGGAAAGGAAUCCUCACAUUACAUUGGCACACGUAAACCCAGAGGCAUUUCCACCGUUAGAACCAGAACCAGAGGGUCAUUGUUCCAUGUGGUUUAUCGGCUUACUCUUUGCGAAAAGCGAGAACUUGAACGUCGAUCUAACGUACGACAUAAAAUCGUUUGUAGAUUCAAUUCAAAGGCAAGCAGAACAACUGAGCGUGCUGAAGGAGGGCAUGUGGAUAGAGGCAAAACACGUGAAGAGAAAGGAUCUACACACUUACGUAUCUCCUAGUUUGCUUAGGCGAGAAAGAAAGGUUUCUGGGAGUGUACAUAAGAACGGAAAUAUUGCUGGCAACGGUAAUAAUGGUAGCGUGUCACCACGAAACCAAGCAGACGCGGCGAACAGGAAGAGGGGAUCAGACCAAAAUGCGGAUUUGUGUGGAAAAAAACGAAGAGUUAAUGAUAAUGAACAGCAAGUGGCACAGGGAGAAGAUGGAUCGUUGGUAGUCCAGUCAUGUGGAGAAGAUAGCAAUUCCGGAUUUAGUUUGGAUGAAUACAAGCAAACAUUGACAACUACUAAGGAUGUAAGACAUUGUACAUAUAAUGAACAAUAAUCAUCAUAGAACAGGAUUAGGAGGGGCCUACUGGUGCAUCCACAGUAGCACAGGAAGGGUACGUUUGCACUUGACCACUGCAGAAUUACUACCUCACGUCGAUUCACAGAUGCUCCUCUGGGUCAUCUAGACUGUAAUCAGUUCUCAUGCAACCAUCCACUGCCCACUGUAAGUCCCCCGUUUCGUAAAAACAAAGCAACGUCAUGCGUUGAAGGAAGCUACCCGUUGGAGUCAAUCGAUGCACGACUGUAUGACAGACGCUCUGAUUUUAAUCUUUAUAAACAUCAACAGUCAAUGGGAACAAUAUACCCGCGAACGAAUGAUUGUGCCAGUGUCUGUGAUGUCGCUGUUUUUUAUCGUGAACCGUGUGGAAAUUCGAGAACUAAUGAUCGAAAACAUUAGAAAUACGAGAACUUGAAAGCAUCACUAUUUGUAAGGUUCGAUAAUUUUAUUUUUAUAUUUCAUUUUGUACAUAUAUCGCUUAUGAUAAUUUUUAUCCACGAAAUUAUUAAAAGCAAAAAAAAAAAGAAAAAAAAAAGAAAGGAGAAGAUGAAGAGCAGAGGAAAAGAGAAACACGAUGUUAAGCCUGAAGAACGGUUUUCGUGUUGUCACUCCGAAAUGUUGUGAAUAAUGCAACGAGAUAUUUUCAUUAAAAGCUUAUAAUUAGGGGUUUCAGCUAAAACAAACGAAAAAAAAAAAACAAGAAAAAAACACACACGACGGUUUCAGUGUUACGAAGAAGAAACGUAUUCUUGUAUAAAACGCAUUUCUUUAAUGCAUAAGUAGAUAAAGUAUAAAGAAAGAAGUAGUACCACUAAGUUGUAAAUAAUCUAUGCGCUUCGUUACUCUCUCGUGUCGUCAAUCAUACGAAACGAUUUGUUCUUUAAGUUCGAGUAGCGUAACUGUACCGUGGUAAAUACGUCUGUCUUGCUUCAGUUAUUUAGCCAAAUAUUUAUAUAAUAUUGCUUUAAUAUUAAUAUUAUUUAUACCACUUGUAUCACACGAAUACUGAACAAGUAUCAGUGAAUUCAGUUCCAAACGUCAGCGAAUAUCGUUAUCAUAGUUUCGCGUAAAUUUAAGAUUUCAUUAUUAUUUUCUGUUUUCCGUAUACCGUGAACAGUCGAGUAACAAACUGAAAAUCACCGACACUGGCAUAAAAAAACGAAUGUUUCAUUUACAAACAGAAGCGUAAUAAACUCUUUUCGAUGGUUACUUUAUAUGAAACGUAAUAAAAAGUAAGCGGUCUCUGUAAAUGAAACAUUAU